UUUCUUUCAGUGUUUCGCAGCCGAGCAGCUGUCACUUGUCAGAUCUCCAUCGUUCCAUCAGCGAGAUUGUCGUGUCGACUGCGAUUCGAAACUACAGAUACAUCGGAAUAACACUCUUCCAGCAGUUCGCAACAAAUGGCAUCCGCUGUGUCGAAAACCCCGAUGCUUCGUGCUGCUGCGGCUCGCGGAUUUGCAGCGCAGGCUCAGGCAGCUGCCGCCUCCCGUGGUUCCAAUGAAGCGCAGACCACCACCCUACCGAGCAAACUAGUGGUUGCCUCAGCAGAACCAAAUGCUUCAGUCGCUCGUGUUUCCAUCGUCUUUCGGGCUGGAUCCCGCAACGAGUCUGCUGAAAAUCGCGGCGCUUCGCAUGUUUUGCGUGCUGCUGCGGGUCUUUCCACUAAGACCGCUACUGGUUUCGGUAUAACGCGUAAUUUGCAACAGGUUGGUGGCUCGCUCACAGCGACCGGUGACCGUGAAUUAAUUACUUACACGGUGGCCGUUACCAAAAAUCAUUUGGAGACAGGUCUAAAAUAUCUGGAAGCUGCUGCUACCGGGCAAGUUUUCAAGCCCUGGGAAUUAGCUGAUAUAACUCCAAUGAUAAAAGCAGACAUUGCCCGUAUUCCAGUGGAAGUACAAGCAGUAGAAGCUUUGCAUAAAGCCGCCUUCCACACUGGGUUAGGUAAUUCGGUUUUCUGUUCGAAGUAUCUGGCAGGAAAGCACUCGUCUGAAACCAUGCUGCACUAUGUUGCUGCUAAUUGCACCGCGAAUCGUGCGGCCGUUUCGGGCGUAGGUGUCGAUCAUCAACUGUUGGUCGGAUUUGCCCAAAGUUUAGGCUUGGAGUCAGCGGCUGCCAGCGAAAACAAGUCCAAUUUCAACAGCAGCGAGGUACGCCAUGAACGCGGGGGAAGCCGUGCUGCUGUGGCUGUUGCAACGCAAGCCGCCGGAUGGAACAAUUUGAAGGAAUGCAUAGCUUACACAGUUCUACAGUUUGCUUGCGGAGCCGGUCCAGUUGCGAAGCGAGGUGCCAAUAAUGGUGUGCUAACCAAGCAAUUUGGUGGCAGUGUUGCAGCAAGUGCCCUAUGCUCCACCUACACCGAUAAUGGGCUGAUCGGAUUUAUCGUUUCCGGAAACGCUAAAGAUGUUGGCCAAGCUGUUGAAACUGGGAUCAAAGGACUCAAGUCACUAAACGUAAGCGAUGCUGACGUUGCUCGCGGCAAGGCUGGUGUACUAACGUGGCUUUUGGACUAUCUGGAGACCCACUCCACGUUGGCAUUCGAUCUUGGUGAACAGGCGGCUCUGUUGGGACAAGUAUACGGUAAAGCUGAAAUAGCUGCCCUUGUCAAUGGAGUUUCCUCCGGCGAUGUGCAAGCAGUGGCUAGGAAGAUCGCUUCAGGCAAGUUGGCUAUCGGUGCCGUCGGAAAUUUGAGCAGCGUUCCUUAUUUAUGUAAUCUAAAUUAAAAGGGAAGCGGUUAUGGUGUCUGCUUGGCGUAACUAUCAUUAUUACUGUGAAAGAUACAAUUUGAAAAUAAUGUAACCUUAGUGCAGUUGCCUAGCAUCA